CACGAGGCGGAGGGAGCGCUCAGUGAAUGGGGGGGAGUUGCCUUCACGGAUGUGUGCCUGCGCUCACAAGAAGGAGGUGUGGGUCUGUCUCCAGUGUUUGCAUCUAUUCGGAGGAAAAAGAAGCGAUAGGCUGCCUUUGGACGCGAACGUGCAAUCAUGUCACGAGCGCCGGACUGUGCAACGACAGCAUCUGAAUAAUCCAUACAGGGGAUAAGCAGCGGGCUAUACAGGGAUACAGCAAUGGGUGGACAGAUAACGCGAAAUGCCUUUUACGACUCCCUCGGUGGCCCGUUCCCGUCCACGUCCCACCGAUGCCACCACAAACCCAAGAGGUGCCUGCCUAUCCAGUGUGGCAGCGUUGGUGGGCCCCUUCACAUUAGCCCACUUCUCUUCCAUCCAAACGCCAAGGGAUCCCAAAUCGUCAUGGACGUUGUCCAGAAGACAGUCAAGAGGCAGGCCAGUUUCUGCAACGCCAUCACCUUCAGCAACAGGCCCCUAGCGCUGUAUGAGCAAGUCCGCCUCAAGAUUACUAAAAAGCAGUGUUGCUGGAGCGGGGCUCUACGUCUGGGCUUCACCGCCAAAGACCCCUCCAGGAUAAACCCCGACAACCUUCCCAAGUACGCCUGCCCCGACCUGGUGUCCCAGAGCGGCUUCUGGGCCAAGGCCCUGCCCGAGGAGUUUGCCAACGAGGGCAGCAUUAUCGCCUUCUGGGUUGACAAGAAAGGCAGAGUCUUCUACCGCAUUAACGAGUCCAGUCCCAUGCUGUUCUUCAGUGGAGUGCGCACAGCUGAGCCCCUCUGGGCCCUCAUUGAUGUUUACGGGCUGACCCGCGGAGUGCAGCUGCUAGACAGUGAGAUUGUUCCUCCCGACUGCCUCCGCCCGCGCUCCUUCACCACAGGGCGCUCAUCCUCUUUCCGCCGCGAAGCUGACGACUCCCGCCUGUCUGUCAGCCUGUGUGACCUCAACCUGCAGCAGGAGGAGGGACGCAACGCCCACACUCACUCCCACCGCCACACCCUCCAACUGGCCUCCGCCUCCCCGUCCUCCACCUGCCCCAUUCCUCAGAACUCCCUUAACUCGCAGCAGUCCUCUCUGCUGCCGUCGGCCCUGGAGAGCGACCUGCACUUCCACCAGCUUCGCGGCGCCCACAUCAAGACGCUGGACGAGCAGACGGUGGCGCGAUCCGAGCACACGCGAGAGGAACGCACCCUGGUCUUCACCAACCGGCCCCUGCGCACCGGAGAGACCGUCUUCAUCAAGGUCACCAAGUCCAGCCCGGCGCGCUCGGGCUCGCUGUCCUAUGGCGUGACGUCCUGCGACCCGGCCGUGCUGCGCCCCAGCGACCUGCCCUACAACCCCGAGGCUCUGGUGGACAGGAAGGAGUUCUGGGCGGUGUGUCGGGUGCCAACGCCUCUCCAGAGCAGCGACAUCCUGGGCUUCUUGGUCAACCCGGAGGGGGAGGUGCUCCUCAGCCACAACGGCACCAAUGUGGGCAUGCAGGUGUGUGUGGACAACUCCCGCCCACUCUGGAUGUUCUUUGGUCUCCAUGGGGCUGUGACUCAGCUGAGGAUCCUGGGUUCCACUCAUGUUGGGGAUCUGCAGGCCACAUCCAACCCCAGUUCGCCUUCCUCCUCUCCACAAACUCCCAGCGCCCUGGGCAUUGGCAGCUCUGACCCGGUGGUGAAUGGAGGCCUGUGCUCCGCCGCUUACUGCAGCUCAGCAGGGGGAACAACCCCAAAUUCGCCGGUCAGCCUCCCCAAGUCACCCACGUUCCCAACAGGCCGCGGGCCCUGGUCCGACGAGUGCUCCAUCUGUUACGAGAACACGGUGGACACGGUCAUCUAUGCCUGCGGACACAUGUGUCUAUGCUACAGCUGCGGUCUCAAACUCAAGAAGAUGUCCAACGCCUGCUGCCCCAUCUGCAGACGGCAAAUCAAAGACAUUAUCAAGACCUACCGAAGCACGUAAAGGGACAACCGCUAAUGCACGGACGGCAAAAGUCCCAGAGUCAAGGGAAGAAAUGUCUAAGUUCAGGGAAUAUGAACGAUGGUACUUUUAAUUUGGUAUUUUUAAUACAGUUGUUUGGUUCACUUGCAUGACCUUUUCCAAAAGCCGGUUACCACUUCGCUGGUAGGGUCUCUUGUCACAGCCUCCCUGCAAAGUGGCGGAAGGUUCCACUAAACCAACCCAACAUUGUUCUGUUUGCUCUCUCCUGAGAUCUCGGAAGACUUUGGAGGGAGAAGGAAAAACUGAAGCAAUUCCAAAAUGCUUUCAUGUGUUCGGCUAUGUUGCAAGGUGUAGGGACUGUCACCCUUUUGCAGCGAAGCAAAUGAGUCACUUUGGGGCUGGAUGUCUCGAUAACAGUUCUCUCGGAGGAAGACUGAAGCUCUGAAAUGCGCUGUCAACCCGACGUGUGUUUCUGACUUACACUUUCUGACUGGUAAUCAUCUCAGUAGGUCACAGCUUGUGUCUGUGUGUUCCUGAGCAUUGGAGAAGAGAAGUUGGCGAUGGGUUUCUGUAAUUGUCGUGGUGAUUAUCAGUGAGUGAUGUGCGUAGAAAUGCAAGGCGGUGCUGAGUAUAUUAAGUAGGAUUGUAACACCUCUUGUACUCGUAUAAUCUGAUGUACCUUUAUGGUAGUUCUAUUUGCAAAUGUCGGUGGUAGCUAUAUUGUUGUGGUAGCUAGCUGCUUGCUGCAAUGUGGUAUGUUGCACUGAAAUCAGCAUUGUCCUCUCCGAAAACGGCCCGUUAUAGACAGAGAGGAUAAAGACAUUCAUCGGUUCAAAACAAUCUACAAUCCUGUGUCCAGCAGACUCAGCAGCUUUGAAUCUAUGAAAGAAAACAGGAAGUGAAAAAAUAUUUGGAUUCUCCUCAGGGCCAGCAAUCUUUUUUUAAGAAGAUGUGAACUAGUUUCCCAAACUUUACCUAUAACCAUGCCUAAUACACUGUGACAGAUCCUCUAAAAUAGUUCCCAUAACAACACAUAACGUCAAAAGGAUUGUUGCUAUGGUAUCAGAAGCCACCACAGAUACAAUGCAGCCUCCUGCCUUAAACCAGAGACGGUUCAUUUGUUACAUGUGGAUGUAUCAUAUUCUGUUUGCUGCCAUUUUCCCAAAACCCUUCCUCGACACAUUACCAAAUAAUUGCUGUUGUGUGGCACAACAUGUUCACUCAGAGGAGAAAAAAGCACACAAAUUUCAAAAUUAUUUUUGUAACAUACAUCCAUGACUUUUCCAAUAUUUCAUUAAAAUGUUUAAUAAACUUUGUGACAGGCCUUUCACCAGCAGUAAAGAGCCUUUCAUGGAAAUCAGGUCAGGGGCAGGGUU